AUGGCGUUUCUCUUCCUGUCUGAACGACUGUAUCUCAUCACCAAAGCACAACAAUUACAUCAACACAACAACAUCAACCUCAAAAACAACAACCACAACAACAACUUCAAACACAACAGCUUCAACAACAACAGUAAUGCGCAACAGCAGCAACAACAACAAAAUCCUUCUCACGUAAUUUUGACGCGAGAAAAUAGCGUGGGAUACCUCGGCAACGUGGCCACGGAAGAGACGGGGUGUGGAUUGGAAAGCAGUCCCUGGGUCUUGAUGGCCCCCCGCGGUCAAAGAAUAUUUUUACAGCUGAUAGAUUUCUCGGUAGAUAGUUCUGAAGAGAAGAAACAUGGUGAGCAGACGCACUGUCAGAUCAAUGUGGCAAGUUUCAACACGAUUUGCGCCAACGAGCGCAAACAUUCAAACGUCUUUGCCUCUCAGUCCGACACGGUCCUCCUACUCAUACACGCCGCUGCUUAUCAUCCACCAUCUUCUCGUAAUAAUAAUAAUAACAACAACAACAACAACAACAAUAAUAAUAAUAAUAAUAAUGGUGCUGUCGAGAAAAAAUCACCUCCAGUUUAUUUCCUUUUGAAAUAUGCCCUGCAGGGAUGUGCGGAUAUAGUGGCGUCUCCGGGACAGUGGGUUCAAAGGAUGGGAUCGGUCACGUGGACUGGAUGUAAUGGGACUUCAGAGAAAUUCCAAUUCACCUGCGAAAGAGAUCGGUGGAUUAGUGAGGAUCGCCGCGCGUACGACCAAGGGGGGUCCAAUAUAGCGGACUUGGAUUGUUCAUCUAGCUGGGCAGAGUUGGAUGCUACCAUUGUUACCAUUGGGCUGUCGGCGUUUUGUGAUCAUUUUUCUUAUGCAUGUCAAUAA